AUGAAGUCUCCACUUUACAUUUUGGCUGUGCUCCUUCCUCUGGCUACCGAGCUUGCUCUAGGUUCCCCUACUGCGGAGGCCGAGUUCGAGGAGCUUGAGGAGCGCGGCAGAGGAGGCCAUAAGGAUUGGGACGAUCAUAAUGGAUGGAAUCAUGACAGGAACCCUUGCGAGGUGAAGCGAUCUUACCCAUACUACAAGUAUCCUUGCGACUCGAGUGUCACAACUGGCAUGUCUCAAGUCGGCGCUAUAUUCACGCCUUCCUGCAAAUACCAGAAUGGUAACUCCGGUGUUUGGUACCUCGCUCCCAAGGGCUGGGUCAAGGAUUCCGACAAGCCACGUCGGUGCCCUGGAACAAACAAGCCAUGUACCUAG